AUGUCGGACAUCGUUGAGCCCGUGAUUGAAAAAGAAGAGAAAAAUCUGGAAGAAGUCCAAGAGCCGGAGAAGGCGGUUUCCCCGAACGAUGAAGUUUCGGAAGAAGGAGCUGAAGACAGCCGCGACUCUGCCGUGUCCAACACAGAGGCGUGAGUUCUUUUCUUUUCUUGGGUAUAAACCGCGGUCACUUCGUUUUUUCAACUCCGCGUUGCGCUCCUUCCCAUCUUUUGUGGGUCAGGCCGACUUUUUUUUUUUGGAAAGAAUAGCUUCGCGCGGAGGGGCACUCACGCCGUUUGUGUGCUGGCACCGACGAGCGAGGUCACAUUUCCCAAGUAGACAGACAGUAGAAAGCGGAGGUUUUGUUUGCCAGUGCGCAGUGAAACUGUUCAUUUUUUUUUUUUGAAAGAGCCUUGUUGAAAUUUUGUCACUCAUACUAUUCCGAAAUCGGAAAAGUUCAUCCUUAGAAGCUUUUGUAAUUUCAAAAAGCGCGCAUGGCGAGUUGAGAGUCAUAGCUUUAAUUUAGCUUUUGAACCUGUUUUGAAUAUGUAAAAUUGAGCAAGACACUUUCUUUACAGCUCUGAUGAUAACGAGAAGGAGGAAGAACAAAAUGAGGUCGAAAAAAGCGAAGAGAGCAACGAUGCUGAAGAAAACGGAGAUGCUAAAGACACUAAUGGCAAUGUAAGCUCAGAUUCCUUGUAAACUUCCAUGCGGAAAAAUUUCAGGAUCGUAAACGCGUGUCGAGCGUAACUGAAACCGCUGUUGAGGGAGAAGAUGAAGAAUCUCCGGCUCUCAAGAAGAAAAAGGCUGAAGAGGAGGUAAGCAUGUCAAUAAAUUGGAAUUUUGAACUCAAAAGUCUUCUUUCAAAACUUUUGCAGUUGAGCUAUUGUUCAAGACAUAAAUUAUAUAGUUUUCAGGUUACGGAGUCCAUCGCUGGAGGCGACGCUGUUGCGGCUAGUGCCGAAUAA